GACUGGGAGAAGAAAAGCGGGAUUUACAAGACUGGAUUGAUACAGUCAGCGGUGAAUGACAUGUGGUUUGCGAACCGCAAUGAUGAGGGUGUGAUUUACAGUAAAUAUUUCGACCCUUUACCGGUCAAACUUCUCGCACUUAUUCUCACAGCGAUCGAAUGUUGCCUUGAUGAGUGGAUAACCGGGAUGAAGGAAGACAUCAAAUUCUCGUCCACAGCUUAUACUCCGGUCUACCUGGUCCAUCUCAGCUCAUUACAGCGGUUCGACGAGCGCACCUCACAUUACAAACUACUCGAGAAAAUUCGUGUCAAUAUC